CAAAUCAAAACCGGCUUGUAUUCUGUCAGAUGUCAACACUACCGCCACCAUUCGCAGCUCCAGCAACUUCGCAUCGCGUUGUUUUGUAGAUCAAUUUUACGACUUGCACUUUGCACACAAACCACCCACGCACCAACCUAGUCCUUUCCCAAAACUGCACAAUCCCGUUAAAAAUGUGAACAAUCAUGAGCCAAAAUGACACCAUCUCCAAAAGUGUCGCCCAACUCUAUCAGAAAUAUGCCGAGCAACAUGAUGUGCACGUCUUACAAAAGAUUCUCUCACGCGAGGAAACCAAAAAAACAAACGUAUCAAGGUUAUAUCUGUUCACGUUGAGUUUGUUUACUGUGAUAACACUUAUCGCAGCGGUUUAUUUUGGUAACGACGCGCUGGAAUGUUUAUUGAGCUGGCUCUUCGGCAUACGAUGCAUUAUUCCAAACAACUACUUCGUUUGGGAGGCGACGCGUCCUAUUUCUGACUGCCAAUUUUGUAUUAAUGUUACAAAACCUAUCAUAUUUCAAAAUGCCACAAGAGAUGAAUUUUCACAAUAUGCCUAUACUUCCAAGCCUGUGGUAGUCAAACAGGCGUUUUUACACUGGCCGGCGUACAAAGUCUUCGACUUCCAGUUUUUUAAGAAUUUGUAUGCAAGAUUUGAAGAUGGUGUUAGAAGUGUUGAUGAGGAAUGCCAAUUUUUACACUUUAAGUCUGAUUUUGUGUCAUUACAAGAUGUCUUUGAGAUGUCUCAUGCCAGAAGUAAGAAUUUACCAGAUGAAAAAUCCUGGUAUGUUGGUUGGGGUAACUGCCAUCCUCAAAUUUUAAAAGAACUUCGUAAAUUUUAUACCAAACCGCAAUUCUUGCCAGAAGAUUGCGAAAUGCCCGCCAAAGAUUACGUUUUCAUGGGUUUUGAUGCGGGCGCAACAAUGCAUUUGGAUUUUAUUAAUCGUCUAAUGUGGCAAGCUCAACUGAAAGGCUCAAAAACCUGGAGAUUACUGCCUUCCAACGAGUGUGAAGAUGUUUGCGCACCCGUAACGUUUAAAGUGGAACCCGGUGAUGCAGUAUUAGUAGAUACGAGGGUCUGGUACCACGGGACGACAAUAACACCGGGUGAAUUUAGUUUGUCGAUCCAAUCCGAGUACGGUUAGUCGACUAACACGGUGGCCUGGUUCUUCGCAGCAACUGCAAUGCUCAAUUAAAAAUGCCAAAUUUGCCCUUAACCCAAAAAAAUUACCAAAACCAUUAUGUUACCAACUUUUUGUAGUCGUAGUUUUAGCGGAUUUUUUUAAGGUACACAGUUGUUUUAGUGCCAUAUUAUUAUUAGCCAUUAGUUAUAUAUAAUCAUGUCUUCGUUUUUCAUAGCUCUCAUAUAAAUUUAAUUUAUAUGUAUUAA